AUUACAAGCUCACAAGCUGCGAUCGCACUAAACGCUGCCCGAUCAAAACAUUCAUUCAGAGUUUGGCCGCGCACAGAGUAGGAUCGCUUUUGCUCCGUGACACCAGAGGCGCGCGAACAUUUCGAAUUCUCAACGUGUGCUUGUUCAUUUAAUGUUCCCAAAUCAUUUGUUUGCAAUCUGUGUGUAUUUCUAUUGACGUGAAUAAUAUUUGUGACCGAAGGAGUUUGAUCUCGACCCGGAAAAAUCACUGGGUGGUGAAAAUAAGCAUAUAAGUGGUUUGCUAGAAGACUUCAAAAUUAAAGCUAUAAAGAGCCGGCCUAACGGCCCUAUGAUGACAAUGGACGUGUCCAAAAGCGAGGCUCCCAAGCCUGGCACAAACACCGGCCAGCAGGAGUGUGCCGGUUGCUGUAAACCCAUAACGGAGCGAUACCUCCUGAAGGCUCUGGACCUCUACUGGCACGAGGACUGCCUCAAGUGCGGGUGUUGCGACUGCAGGUUAGGCGAGGUCGGAUCAACGCUGUAUACCAAAGCGAAUUUGAUUUUGUGCAAACGGGACUAUCUGAGACUCUUCGGAAAUACGGGUUAUUGCGCGGCGUGUACGAAGGUUAUACCGGCUUUCGAAAUGGUGAUGAGGGCAAGGAAUAACGUGUAUCAUUUGGAGUGUUUCGCGUGUCAACAGUGCAACCACAGAUUCUGUGUCGGCGAUAGAUUUUACCUUUGCGAAAAUAAAAUACUUUGCGAGUACGACUAUGAGGAACGUCUAGUAUUUGCAAAUAUGGCGUAUAAUCCACCCCCAUUAUCACACCUCAAAAGGCAGACAUCUAUACCUCCUACACCUCUUCCUAAUCAUCUCAUCAAUGGGCAUAGAACACCUCUACCACCAUCCAAUGGUGAUCACAAUAACAACAUGUCUGGUAAUGGUCCACUUCCACCAUCAUCUAUGGCAAAUUCCCCUUUCUCAGUAGCUGGUCAUCUGAAGAAUCCACCGAUGUCUUUAGGUGCCACCAGCUGAAAAUUUUAAGUUAUCUGUGAUUUAGCCUUUCAAUUCCUACCUAUACUACUGAAAGAAUGCUCAGCUUCUUUCUUCAUGUGCGAAAAAUGAGAGAGUGUAUACGAAUGAUGGAGUGAAACCCGCGAAAUGUAUAGGAUCCAAAUUUCAAUUUUCUAUUGUAAAUAGUUCUUCAAAUGCUCAACUCAGUACGUAAAAUUUUGUAAAUUAUUAAGAGUGCAAUAGAGACAACUCAAAUUUCUUAUAGCAAGUUGCAAAUUUUCUCAGCGUCACUGCUGAUGAUUACUGAGUCUCGAAUGAAAUGUAUCGUCUCAAUAAAAGAUUGAUAUUUGUACAUAAUAUUGUUAGCUUUAGAAUGAAUGUUAUACCAGUAAACAUAAUUGUUUUCUAAAUAGAUGUUACAGUUAUCGACUGCAUUUCAUUUUGUUGACGUUGCCAUUUUCAUAUAAUUUGAUUUUUAUAGUUUCAAAUUGUAAAAAAACUAUAGCCUUUGUUUUGUACAUAAUAAUAUCCUCAAUUAAUACAUGUUUUCGUAUAUUACGAUGAAUAGGUGCCAAUUGGAUUGAAAUUAUACUUUGUGUAGUACAAAUACACUGUCGAAUGUAUUCAAAUUACCAAUGAUUUGACCAAAGAAAUAAAUUUUACAACCAAU